AUGGUUGAACAAGUUAUAGACCAUUUAUGGAGACGAGGAUUAAACAAAAAGGAAUUAUCGUCACCACCCCCCAAAGUUUACCUUAUAUCUAAUGACGAAUUACUUGAUGGUGUAUCGUAUCCUUCAUCUGUUAUCACGUUAACCACGUGUUGGUUAAGCUUAAUUGAUAAUGAUCAAGAUCUACUCGCUGCUCUAUUGGCCCAUGAAUUGGCACACAUAAUUCAAAGUCAUGCUUCCGAGUUUUAUGGAAUUUCAUUCAUGACCAAGGCAUUAACUAAACUGGCCGAUUUAUUUGGCAAAUUGAUGUCAAGUAAUGAUAAGAACAAUCAAUUAUCGAACUUCCUGCAGAAACACUCUCAGCGAUUAGAACGUGAAGCUGAUUUAUUAGGUCAAGAAAUUAUGGCACGUGCCGGAUAUGAUCCCGCGAAAGCUAUAGAAUUAUGGGAAUUGAUGAUGUUCGUCAAAAAUUCCGACAAAUCUCAUAGUGAUGAUAAAGGGAAUACGAAUGCCUUUAAAUAUCAUCCAAGUGAAGAAAAUCGAGUAAAAUAUCUUACGGAAAAUUUAACUCGUGCACGAUAUUUUUAUGAUAAGAAUUGCUCUUAUGCUUAA